CACAACUACUGUUCGGGACUAACACACAGAGGUAAAUUUUUUCUCUUUGAUAGAAAAGCUUUUGGGAUUUUUCAUUUUCCUUACUUUCUUUUGUGACUCAUUCUAUCUCUAUCUGGUUUCAUGGCAACAGCGUAAUAGCUCACACACGUGCACCUCUACACCCCCUUCACAUACCUACUCACAACAUCUUCCCGCUCGACUUACCUUCUCAUUCUAUGUGAUUUUUCCAAUCUAUCUCUCAUCAUUAUUCUUCAUCCGCUUCACCUCCUCAAGUGAUAAAGUACUGUGUCAACCACCUGAUUAUCAAGUGAUAUCGGGCUGCAUUCCUCUUCCGCGGUAACUCAACAUGGACUCCAACGCGGGUCCGGAAAAGUGGAAGGAACUCAUGGCAGCUUUUCGGGCAUUUAAUAGUCAAGCUGCAACCAAGUAUAGGAAUAUGCCCAAAAAAACAGAAAACGAAGCUGCUUCUCAUGCAGCAGAGACUCCCAGGUUCAAAGCGACACCUGCAAAGCAUGCCUCUGACAGCCGAGAUGCUAAGCUCAAUGUCAGUAUGGGAACUGCAAGUACUGUCAUGACUUCUCCAAACUCCGGAAAGCCGAGGAAUCCUGUGGAAACCCUAGCAAGCAGCGUUUCAUCAGGAACAUCCAAAAAAAAUCACGUUGAAGUAAACAAACAGAACACAAGAUCACAAACGAAUGACAUUCCAGCCAAUAGAGCUGAAAAACUUUCCACCUCCAACUCUAUUCCCAUCAAGUCAUAUCCCAUUCUGACGGAUCUGCCUAGAGACACGGCUCCGGAAGACCAAGCUGUCAGCCCAGCUUCUAAGCCAUCCAUGUCGGUCAGCUUUUCUGUUUCAACAAUAGAACCAAGGAUCUCCGAACAACUUGAACCCGAAGACCUGCGCAGUGGAUCAAGCUGCCAGGAAGCGAAAGAGACUGCGGAUUAUCAUGUUGCUGAUGAUAUGGAUUCAAGCGGCUCUGACGAGAUAGUUUUUCGCCAAGACGAACAUAACAUGGUUGGCCCUCGAUUGCAUGCUCGCAAGCAGGGCGUUGAGCAAGAUAAAGGAAAUCCAGUUGUGGCACAAAGGGACGCGGGAAAGGAAAGUGGCGACCCUUCAAUCGGCCAGUCGGUUCCAAAUGCGGAGAAAAAUAAAAAUGCACCUGUUAAAGUGUUCACCAUAGAAGAAAAAAGGGCCAAGCUUCAAAGGCUCCAAGAACGAGAAUUGCACAAGAUUCGUAUGAGGCUACUCGAACCCGAGGAAGAUGAAAUCAGUGCGAAAUCGUUAAAGCUUGCUCGAGAAGGACCAGGGACUAGCCCUGAUUCUGAAAUCUCUCAUCGCAUUAGAAGCUUUGUCCUCGAGCCACCCAAGGGCAUAAAUCUAGCUCUUCCGGAUUCAGAGUCUGCUAGCCACGGUCACCAUCGUUCGACCGGUAUCGUAGUUGCAAGAUCUACCCUCACUGUCCCCGAAGAUCACCGAGAAGCCAGCAUUGAGUUGCGAAACAAUUCAGAUUUUCAGCCCGUCUUGGUCGACUGGCAAUAUCGUCCUUGGGAUAUCCAUGAUGAUGAGUGGACCAAAAGAUUCGCUGACUGGUUGGAGUGCACUAUAAGACUUGGCUCCUACGUCGAGAUACAUUCUGGCCCUUUCACCAACGCCGACUUCCAUCCUGAUGGAGUAACCGGGUUUGUGGAGCUGGAUUUUGAAGCGCCAACCGCCCAUCUCGAUAUGUCGAUUCCGGAAAAUGCUCAUGCCCAUGAAACAUCUGCCGGGUAUGUUUAUAACUGGAAUCUCAGACUUGAGCACGAAAAGGCCAAAGAGAUAGAAGAGAAGAAACGGAACACUGCCCAUGUCAGAGCUGUGGCUAAGAUGAGACCUGAACCGCACCCUUUUGCUCCAAAGACCAACGUUUAUCUCCGCCCGGUGGAGGCAAAGGAUAUCCCGGGUUUGACCAAAUUGUAUAACUGGUACAUUAAAAAUUCCACGCGAUGCAUUGAGUUGGACGAUAUAUCUGAAGAUGUAAUGAAAAUUCGUGUGGACGAAAAUGAAGCUGCGGGCUUCCCCUGUCUUAUCGCAGCAGAGCAUAAGCCAGGACGCGGAUAUCCCAUGAAUAGCGAGAACGAGAUGAUUUAUGGCUUCAUUAUGGCAAGUGAAUUCUCCGGCAAACGAACUGCAAAUAGAUAUGCGGCCGAGUUGGAAUUGUUCGUCAAUCCAACACAAUAUAAUCGUCGUGUUGGCCGAAGCCUAUUGGAUAAAAUGAUCGACUUGUGUGACCCAAAAUACACGCCCAAACGUGGCUAUAAUUUCGACUGUGUCAUGCCCAAAAGAAGCCUCUAUUGCGGUGUAGACGUCCGCCCGUUAUCAAGGCUCGUCGUUGUCGUGCAUCAUUCGGCUGAUGAAGUAAACGAAUAUCGAUGGUUAAGAAGAUGGAUGGAGCAAGAAUUUGGCUUCGUCGAACAGGGACUGCUUCAAGGAACCGCAGUUAAGCAGCGGAAAGUACUGAACUCCGCUUAUCUCGUCCGUAAUACCCCUCUACAGCCCGAAACAAAGGGGGACAACCAAGUCGUCCAGUGGCGCUUCCGUUAAGGAUGCUUGAGAUUCGGAAUCCCAGGCGACUUUAAGGCCGGCGAAAUCAAACAAAAAUUUCCAAAUCUUUAUGGGCCUUUAGGGGGCCAAUUUCAGCAGCCUUUUCUUAUUUGUCUUCUUUAAAUUGUUAUCCUUAGCUUGGGCCUGUAUUUUGUUUCAACUAACUCGAAAUUCAGCCCUUGUUUCAGAUAGAAAAAAGAUAUGCCCCUUUCCCACCCAAAAACAAUCCCACAGUGGUCACAUUUUGAUGUAUUUCCUGGUUGUGCCCUCUCGAACUUCUGGUUUCCUGCGGAUUUAGCAAUUUUGACGCCAGUUUGCUUCCAUUUGCCGAG